AUGGAAGUCAAUAAGACACUGAAGGAGGGAUUAUUAAAGAGGUCAUCAUGCACGAAGAGAGAGAUGAUAGAUAAGGUUGUCAGGUUUCACUUAAUCCAGGAAGGGGUGGAAAACAGGCGCACUGGUAUAAAACAGCUUGAAACAGGUCAUCAUCGGAGUCAUCCUGAACAGAGACACUUCAAAGGUAAAACCUCAACUCUUAGAAUGGCACCCACUGCAAUCAUGUUGGGAUACGUGAAAUCGGUUGGACCACUUCUUCUCCUGUUGACGUCUGUUCUCUACAUGGCCAGUUCUUAUUCUGACUUCGACUUUUCACACAUUGGAUGUAAGGAGUGCAACCUGAAAAAGAACAAUUUUUUCUCACGGGACCGGCAGCCGGUCUAUCAGUGUAAGGGCUGCUGCUUCUCUAGGGCUUACCCGACACCUCUCAGAGAAAAGAAGGACAUGAUGAACCCAAAGAACAUUACCUCAGAGGCAGCGUGCUGCAUUGCAAACAGCAGCCACUGGGUAACAGUGGAUAACCUUCCGGUGAGAAACCAUACAGAGUGCUACUGUGGGACCUGCAUAUAUCACAAGAUCUAA